GUGGAGUGAAACCGUUAACACCCACCUCGGCCUCGCAUGACCAGCAGGGCAGGCCGCAGGCGACACAGCACCCCGCGAGCGCGAGAGCGGCGGCACCACCAUGGCACCGUCCACCAUGUUCGGCGCCGCCUUUGGGAUGCGGCUCCGCGUGCUACGCCGACACUUCCUGAGGCGCCGACGCCGCUGGCGGUCCCGGCGACGCGGCGGGCCGGCGAGGAAGGGGGAGGAGGAGGAGGACGAGGGGCGCGAGCCGGUGCUGCUCGUGUCCGGGAUGGGCGGGUCCGUGCUGCACGCGCGGCGGCGGUCCAACCCCAAGUUCGACCUGCGCGUCUGGGUGCGCAUCGUCCUUGCCGACCUCGAGUUCAAGAAGUACCUCUGGUCGCUCUACAACGUCGACACCGGGUGCGUGGAGCCGUUGGACGACGAUGUGGAGAUUGUCGUGCCGGAAGAUGAUCAUGGUCUGUUCGCCAUCGACAUUCUCGACCCUUCCUGGUUUGUAGAGCUACUCAAUCUGUCUAUGGUGUAUCACUUCCAUGAUAUGAUCGAUAUGCUCGUUGACUGUGGAUACGAGAAAGGAACAACACUAUUUGGAUACGGUUACGAUUUUCGUCAAAGCAACAGGAUAGACAAAGCAAUGGCUGGUUUGAGAGCAAAACUUGAGACAGCUUAUAAAGCUUCUGGAGGGAAAAGAGUUAACAUAAUAUCGCAUUCUAUGGGGGGAUUGCUAGUACGCUGUUUCUUGUCUAUGAAUCAUGAUAUAUUUUCAAAGUAUGUGAAUAAAUGGAUUUGCAUUGCUUGUCCAUUUCAAGGUGCCCCAGGAUGCAUCAAUGAUUCUCUACUAACUGGACUGCAAUUUGUUUACGGUUUUGAAAGUUUCUUCUUUGUUUCUCGAUGGGCGAUGCACCAACUGCUUGUUGAAUGCCCAUCAAUCUACGAAAUGCUGCCGAAUCCAUACUUCAAGUGGAAAGAAAAGCCAAUCAUUCAGGUUUGGCGAAAGAAUCCUGAAAAGGAUGGAUUAGUGGAGCUAGUUCAGUAUGAAGCAGCUGAUUGUGUUUCUCUGUUUGAAGAAGCUUUAAAGAAUAAUGAGCUGAAGUAUAACGGGAAAACAAUUGCACUACCAUUCAAUAUGUCCAUCUUCAAAUGGGCUACUGAGACUCGCCGUAUUCUUGAGAAUGCUGAACUACCAGAUACUGUGAGUUUUUAUAGCAUACAUGGGACAUCUUAUGGAACACCAUAUGAUGUUUGUUAUGGCUCUGAAAGCUCCCCAAUUGGAGAUCUGUCAGAAGUGUGCCACACAGUGCCUACAUACACUUAUGUGGAUGGAGAUUGCACAGUUCCUGUCGAAUCAGCCAUGGCUGAUGGGUUCGCAGCUAAAGAAAGAGUCGGCGUCAAGGCCGACCACAGAGGGCUGCUGUGCGACGAGAACGUGUUCAAGCUUCUGAAGAAAUGGCUCGGUGCAAGCGAGAAGACACGGUGACGGCGGAUGUCCAAAUCGGAAGUGGUCGACAUAUAUAUAUUUCUAGAGAGGAGGAGCUCUGAUCACUGAUCAGGCCACACUCAGACACUCUCCAUGGAGAUCAGUUCCUGAUAGACUUGGCCGCAGUUUCUUCAGGAUAAUGCUUAGUUGAUUAUCCCCUUACACUGAAGAGACGUGCACGCAGAUAUACAACUGACUGUAGAGCACACUUGUACGUCAGCAAUGCUAUUCCAUGUAAGCAAAAUCUGCGACGUUGUUCAUAUCCAGUAAAGGAAAAAUUGGGGUGCUGCUCUCCUGACCGGAUGUA